CUAGAUAUUGCAGCAGCAAUAUCUUAUAAAACUGAGGUAAGAUGACGGCCGCAAAGCCAUUCCAGUACAGGGUAGUGACUUGCAGCGACCGUCGACAAGAAACACUUCAAAUGGCCCGUUUGGUACUGCACGAGGUGCGCUACGUGUUGAUGGCGAUGCUUUACAUAUCUCGGGGUAUGGCAACAAAGAUUCAAAAUUCCACAAUUGAUCUGUACGUAUACUGGUUUCUGACGUUCAUCCCAAUCGCUUCGCUGUGUGUUCCGCAGUUCACUUACUUAGUUGUAGAUACCAAAAGCCUUAUAGAUUUCAUCUCAGUACUGGUACCCAUUACGGAAAUCCUGCUAACGAAUGGGAAAAUGAUUAUAUGUAACGUAAAGCGGGGGAAAAUUAUCAAUCUCAUCAACCAGGUCCAGGUGGCAUGGGACGAAUGUGCAAAAUCGGAACACCUGGAAAUUCAGACAUUGAUUACGACCACUGCCAAAAAGUCGAAAAUUUUCGUCAUCAUCUACACGACCUCUUUCCUGCUUAUCUGCGUCGAGUAUAGUUCAAUGCCGUUGUUCAAGUUGAUCUACCACAGCGCAGUUUACGGUAAGCAAUCCAACUACACUAUCGCUCUACCGUACUUGUCCAGGUUCGCUUAUAGUACAGAGUCCACGACCAGCUUUGCGUGGACGUAUUUCUUCAUACUGAUCGGAGUCUACUUGCUGGCGCUAACGCUCAGUGGCUUUGAUAGCUUGUUUUCGACGCUUGUCAUGCACAUUAAAAUGAUGUUCAAGGUGUUGAAGUUUGAAAUCGAGCAGCUGGGACUGGAUCUGAGUGCCGGAAAGAGUCAUGUCGAACUGCAGGCCAAGCUGAAACAAAUCAUUUUGAAGCACAAAACCAAUUUAUCCUUGAUCGAACAAUUGGAGGAUGGUUUCAGUUUCUUUUUGAUGGCGCAGUUUCUAACCAGCUCGAUUUUGGUUUGCGUCGUGCUAUAUGAGCUAACUAUGGUGUUCGGAUGGAAUGAGGAUACGUUCAAAACGGUUACCUACCUGCCAGGCGCCAUCCUGCAGCUCUUUCUGUUUUGCUGGUACGCCCAACAAAUUACCGAGGAGGCGCGAUUGGUGUCGGACCAUAUUUACAACAUUCCUUGGUAUCUGGCCGAUCCGAAGCUGCAGAAAGACAUUCUCACAUUCAUGGUUAAAGCCCAGAAGCCUACCGGUGUGACGGCGUCCAAAUUUUACAUGGUUACGCUGCAAACCUUUCAGCGAAUAAGCAGUACAUCUUACUCCUACUUUACCUUACUGCAAACCAUCAAUCAGCAAUAAUUUGUGAUAACGUAUUGAAGCACACAUAUUGCAUACCCUGUAGGCGCGUCUAGAACAACAAUCACCUGAAUGUAUACA